AUGGUUGUUACGAUACAGACACUGUCUCCUGGCGACGGCAAAACGUACCCCAAGAAGGGCGAUAAGGUGACGAUUCACUACAUCGGAACUCUUGAAGAUGGAAGCGUCUUCGACUCGAGUCGGGAACGAGGGAUUCCAUUUGAAACAGAGAUAGGUGUCGGUAAAGUGAUCAAGGGCUGGGAUGAGGGCGUACCUCAACUAUCACUGGGCCAGAAGGCCAUUCUCACCGCUUCCCCUGAUUUCGCUUAUGGUCCUCGCGGCUUUCCACCUGUGAUACCGCCAAAUUCAAUCCUCAAAUUCGAGGUCGAACUCCUGAAGAUAUCCAAGUAG